GUAGCCUGUAGAUGGGCGCUGCCCCUGUGCAGGAGGCAGAAGGAAGGACUGAGGCAGGCAUCAUGGGGGCAAGAAAGGGCUUGUCCUGCUCCAGAUGCUGGGGUUGGAGUUCAUGGAGCAGGGAGGAGAGCAGCCUAGCUGAGACGGGAAAUUAGGUGGUGGGUGGAUUAGAAAUUAGGCAAGGUCUUGUGACUCACAGCCAUCUGGCCUCAGAAGGGCCCCCGGAGUGGGGUGAAGAGAGCUCAGGCUCCUUCUCCGUGGCUGGGGGCAGGCCUGGAGGCCACAUAGGCCUCAGGCAGGGCCGGGAAUGCGCAGGAAGGAGGGAAAGAUGCCCCCCACUUCCUGUCCAGCUGCUGCGUUAGGGCGGCCUCUCCAGGGCUCACCGUGUGUGCUGAAAUCCCCGGUCUCUGAGUGAGUGUACUCCAGGACGGAGCCAGCUAGCCAGCCGGAGGCGCCCACGGGUGUGGGCAGGCACGCUCCUGGGGGUCUCUGAGACCAAGGUUUCAACUGGCCUGCUCUGCAAAACCCAUGGCUGACGGCUCAGUGCAGUGGGAAGGGCCUGUCGCGCAGUUGGGGGCUGCCGGGGCCUGCUGUGUGUCCCUGGAAAGGCCACUGAACCCCCCCCCCCCCAGUCCUGGUUUCUUCCCCCGCCUCCGGGUUCCGCUUCCGCCAUUGGAGCACGUGACCGCCCGUCAGCGCCGUUGCCAGGGAAUAGGGCCCUGGAAGGGUCAAGUUCCACCGUCCCCGGGUCGGAGGCACUCGGAGACAGGACUGCUCUGCCAGAGGCCGGGAGAGAUGGGGAACAACAAAAGCCUCUCGGGGUCCACGUUUUGCUCACAGUUUCUUCCUGAGGAGCAGGCGGAGAUCGACAGGCUGUUUGAUGCUCUGUCAGCGGGGGCGGGCAGCGCCCAGGCCUCGCCCGGCGCCUUCUCUCUGCAGGCACUAAAGAGCCACGUGGGAGAAGCUCUUCCCCCGGAGAUGGUCACCAGACUGUUUGACGGCAUGCGGAGGGUGGACCUGACGGGGAGGGCGCGGGGGCCCAGCGACAGCGUCUCCCGGGAGCAGUUCACGGCGGCCCUGUCUCACCUGCUGAAGGGGACCUCGGAGGAGAAGAGUCUGGUGAUUCUGAAAAUGAUCACCGCCACGGAGGGCCCUGUGCGAGCCGGGCAAGUCCAGGAGUUCACAGAGGACCUGGUUGGCGCCGUGGAGCACGUGCUCGCCCACCGGCAGGAGCUGAGGGGCUGGCCCCGGCCCCGGAGGACGGCCGAGGGGCCCCUGGCCGGCGUGCGGGCGCUGGCCGCCCAGCUGCUCCUGGAGAUGAAGCCUCAAGGUGGCCAGAAGUUUCUGGAGCCCCAGUGGGCCAACGGGGAGUGCGACCGGGCUGCGAUGGAGGACUGGGUGUUCCGGGCGCCCCUCGUGGGCGCGUUUCUGAGCGAGGUGGUCCGCAGAGGCUUCCUGGUGCUGUCCUCCCCGGCGGAGCCGGCCGCGCUGCUCCCGGAGCGCCACGCGGGCCCGGGGCGGGAGUUCGAGAGCGUCCUGGACGCGCUCGCCGCCCUCUACCUCAGCGCGCAGCUGUGCGGGGAGCAGCGGCGGCGCUGGCGCCUGCUCUUCUCGUCGCGGCUGCACGGGCAGAGCUUCGCGCAGCUCUGCGGGCGCAUCACGCGCCAGGGGCCCUGCCUGGCCCUCCUCCGGGACCACGGCGGCCACGUCUUCGGCGGCUUUGCCUCCUGCUCCUGGGAGGUCAAACCCCAGUUUCAAGGGGACAACAAGUGCUUCCUGUUCUCCAUCGCGCCCCGCAUGGCCGCGUACGCGCACACGGGCUACAACGACCACUUCAUGUACCUGAACCACGGACAGCAGACCCUGCCCAACGGGCUGGGCAUGGGCGGGCAGCACGGCUACUUCGGGCUCUGGGUGGACGCCGACUUCGGGAAGGGGCACAGCAGGGCCAAGCCCGCGUGCACCACGUACGGCAGCCCGCAGCUGUCGGCCGAGGAGGACUUCCGGUUUGACACGAUGGAGGUGUGGGCGGUGGAGGAGCCCUCGGAGCAGCAGCCGGUCUCUAAGAAGAGCAUCCUGGACACGGACCCCGAGACCCGCGCCCUGCUGGAGGCCAGCGGGCGGACCCGCCACAGCGAGGGGCUCCGGGAGGUCCCCGACCGCGGGGACGCCCCUGGCAACUGAGCCCGGGCCCCUCCCCGCCCGGGCGUCCCCUGCCGCCACGCCGGCGUCCUGGCGUCGUGUCCCCUGUGGCCACCC